AUGAUCUCUCUAAGCUCUCUUCUUGUCUGCUUUGGCUCUUCCUUGCUUGCCUUUUUCCUCCAUUACUGCAACUUCAACUUCUCCUUCUCCUUCCCUUCCAAGAUCUUCUCUCACACCAUUGACAAGAACUGCAUAUUCCUCCUCUGUAACGGCCUCCUUGUUUUCCUCAGCAUCACCACAUCAUUUUCCACCUCUAGUCCUCCUCAUGAUGAUCUUCUUCAUCAUUAUAUUCAUGAUCAUGAUGCUUCAGAAGCUGAGGUGAUCAGAGUUAGUGAGAUAGCUGCAGAAAUGAUGCAGGAAGAUGAUCCUGACACUGAUGCUGAUGCUGAUGCUGAUGAAGUAAGUGGCGUAUUAUUGGGUUUGGAAUUGAAAGAAGAAGAGUGGUUGGAAAAUGAUGAUGAGAUUGUGGAUGCAGAAAGCGUGGAAGAUGAAGAAGAGAAUUGGAUGUUAAGCACAGAGCAGAUGAACAAGAAAUUUGAUGAUUUCAUCAGAAGGAUGAAGGAAGAUCUGAGGAUUGAAGCUAAACGACAACUAGUCAUGGUUCACAAUUAA